AUGGAUCGGCAAGUCACUUUCGCAUUUCCACCACAAGUCUUCGGCAAGCGCAUCGCCGACACCUUCUCGGAUGAGGAUGAUGAGAAGCUCAGGCAAAGGAUACGAAGUAAGCUCGACGGGAAGGUGCAUGGCGAGGCGGCCGUCGGCCACAUCUUUUCUUUGGAGAAUGGCGGUCCUACCUGCCGCGACAACGUCUUCAUGCAGGAAUAUCAAUGGAACUCCGUGGCCCAAGAUCUCUGGGACGAGCUGCAAAGAGCGGAAGCCGCCUUCAGUGCCGCGCAGAAGUGCCCGGACUUCUGCGAGGGUCGCUGGGCUGGCUGGACCUGCGAAGACAUCCGAAAGAAGGGAGUCGACGAGUUUCGGAGGAUGGGUCUCUGGGUGCGGGAGGCGGGCGGCUUUGAUGCCAGAUCACCUGCCAUAAAGCGAGGCAUGGUCGAAGUCCUACCGAGCGGCCUACCCGUUGGCGUGCACGAGUGCCUACGCACCUACAGUGAUGCCUGCUGGGAUGGAGAGUCUAGUGAGGAGUGGUCUCCGUACGGUGAGAUCGACUUCCAAGAGGCCGAGGACUUCCCCCGAAUCAUCGGCGCCCACGAGCUUCAACAGUUCCUGUCGGAAAGGCCUCGGCAGCAGGUGCUUGAGCACUACGCCAGCCCCGCCGGCAUGCAACGGCUAAGUGUGGAGCAGCCGCAGCUCUCCGUCAACCGGCGUGAGGUGCAGGUGGAACGUGGAUCCGGAGGAUCCUGCCCCUGCUUCGAAUGCUACUUCAUGUGA